GACCGCCGCGGACAGGUCGCAGCCGCGGCCCUCGGCGCGGUGCCGUCGCCGGCCGAGGACUGCGGGAUAGGGCAGGAGCUGGCGUGGCAGUUGUCAGUGGACGACUUCCUGCGGGACAAGUCCAAGAUUCUCGUAGUCUGUGCAGGCAACGACUUGGACGGCUACGAGUGGACUUUGCCACGCCAGCUCCACGAAGCCGUGGAGGACAUGCGCGAUGCAGGAGCAAGACUCACGACCGACGACGAGGACCCAUCUCUGAAGCGCACAGGCGUGUGCCGAAAAGGGCCUCACCCUCCACCUUCUGGACGUCGUGCCCGAGAGCGACAUCCAGAAGGCACGUGA